AGCUAGGCGUCACUAAGUUAUAUUCGACAUUUUAAUUAAUUUUUGUUUUCUGGAUAAUCAUCAAACCUGCCUAUAAACUUUAUCAACCAAUGUUUGAGUUUUUGAAAAUUCAUCUUUUUAGUGCGAUACAAUGGUAGGCCCAUCCAAUACCAAAAAUAAUCUUGUUUGUUGUUGCCAAUUAAUAGGGUUUCUUCGAUCGCCAUUACGCUUACUAUAAAUACAAUCGUUAUAAUUAAAUUUAGCGGUGUAAGCAAGUGAGUAUAUGAAUCGUGUAGGUACAAAUUGCUUGCUUUGUUUUCCAAAGGUUCGUGUUGUAUUUUAUUUUUUCAUAAAAAGAACACGGAUUUCUUUCAAUUUUGGCGGGAGUGCUGGCACGUUGUGCGAACGUCGAAGAACCCCGAUCUGUCAUCUGUCGCCCCCUGGCCUCGACGUCGCCGUAAUAGCUUUACUUUUCAGUAGUUUUCUCCAUUCAAAUUAACAGUGCAAUAGUGAAAUUCGUGGUGCACGAUUGAUGUGGACAUACGACGAUGCGCCGAGAAUAGGCGUGUCGGACAUGGAUAGCAGAGGAGCUUGCCCAAGUUUCGAAGCCGGGUUUGAUGUUUGUGACCCCCUGGGGUCAGUUUUGGAGUGGGCAGGUCGUGGACCAGCACGAGUACUGCGUAGGCGGUGCCGCAGCGAAGGCAUUGAUCGUUCGCCGUAUGAGGAUGCAACUCUCGAGCCGCAUCGUUCGGCGGAUGGCAUUCCACGACAACGGGUUCUCCCGAAUAAAAGCCAAUUCACAUUGAAUAAUAUUGCCGAAAGCCGCUCCAACCGCUUCAGACACGAGUGCUCGCUCCCUGCUGCUCAAAACGGUGACUACAUAAUGGCACACGAACUCAACAGGCACCAUGGAUAUCAACCAGGAAGAUCAAAAUUCGUCAGAACUAGUCCCACCAGGCCGCUUUUAGUAACCACACUGUCCAACACAAAAGUAGAUGACUCUAGAUUGCCAAAAGUCGAAGAGUUGCUUGAGAAAGUUGACCAUGAAAUGAUGGAGGUGCAAGUAGCUAAGCAACCUUUGAAAUCAAUACUCAAUAAUCCAUUACCAAAGUCUCCUCCACAAGGUAUACUUAAGAAACCUAAGAGUAAGCCUCAUCAUGAUUCAAAAGUGAGCAUUGAGGGCCGUCGGAGGCAGAGGGCUUCAAGUGAAUCUGACAACCUUUACUGCAGCUUCCAUGUUGGAUCUCCUAUACCUGGAUAUGAUAAUAGGCUUACAUAUCUUUCUGGCAACAUGAAGCGAGCAAAAGACAACUCUGGUACAGGAUACUCAUAUGGCACUGCCAUAGCCUCACUUAGUAGUCCCCCAAGGUCACGGACCAAUGCCCAGAAUGAAGCUAAGAAUGCUAGAUGUACAUUCAAAGAGUCUGUAGUUAUAGCCAGAGAUGACUUCCACAAUGGACAUGUUUUGAGAACUACUGUUAUAAAUGGCGAGGCAGUAGGAGAUUUUCCUCAUAGUGAAAUUCCUCGUCAAGAGACGCCCACGCCCACAUGCCCAGCGGUGAGUCCCGCGCUGCCGGUCAGCUCGGUCACCGCGAUCCCAGUCAAGAAGAUCGUCAAAACCGCCAAGAAGAAGGUCAAGGUUAAAGCUAAGGUCUCCAAAAUAAAAACCAACUGCAAGCUGGAUAAUUGCGUCGUUGAAACUGAGGCAGAGGAUGCACAUAGCAGAUCGCCAUCCCCCGACCACACAGAGUCAUGGACCAUGGAGACGGACCCGGUGUCACCGGACAUAGACAAAACAGAGAAACCCCCGCCCGCGCCGAAGAAGGACGAAGUGGUGGAGAAGUCUUCAGCCAACGGGCUUACCAACAAAACCAAUGGAGUUGUAGCGCCUCCUCCUAAGAAAGUUAUAUCCAAAGACCAAAUGUUCAUGACUGCGUUGCAUACGACAAACCCUUUCAAAUUGAUCCCGUCACGCAAAGAAUCGCCUCUCUGCAUCCCGGACUCGAUCACGAGUUGCCUCCGCCAGUCGCUGUUCCCGCGCGUGCCGCCGUACCUGCGCUUCGUGGCGCACGACGAGGGCAGCGCCCUGAAGAUCCCCGCGCCCAUACAGAAGCACCUCAAGUGGAAGCUCACCACUAUAACGCCGAUCAUCGUGAAGAAGACGCUCAAUAACUCUGGGUUCAGACUCGUCAAGAGCGAGUGCGAUACUGCUGAGUGUCCUCAGGAAGAAACGGUCGAAUGGAUAGGCAUCUGGGGCAAGCAUAUGAAGUCGCUAAUGUUCCGAGCGAUAAAGGACGGCCAGAAGAUGAACCAUUUUCCGGGCACUUUCCAAAUCGGCCGCAAGGACAGACUGUGGCGGAACUUACAGAAGUUAGCCUCCAAGUAUGGCGUCAAUGAGUUUGGUAUUAUGCCCAAGACAUAUGUCCUGCCGCAUGAUAUGAAGCUGUUGAAACACGACUGGGAGAAACACGCAGCUAAUAAUGAGAAGUGGAUUAUUAAACCGCCAGCGUCGGCGCGCGGCACCGGCAUCAAGGUGGUGUCGCGCUGGACGCAGAUCCCCAAGAAGCGCGCGGUGGUGGUGCAGCGCUACGUGGCCAAGCCCUUCCUCAUCAACGGCAACAAGUUCGACAUGCGCCUCUACGUGCUCGUCACCUCCGUGCACCCGCUGCGGAUAUACCUCUACAAGGACGGACUGGCCAGGUUUGCUUCGGUGAAAUACAAUGAUGAAGUGACGUCGUUGAACGACCGAUAUAUGCAUUUGACAAAUUACUCUAUCAAUAGAUUAUCGAAAAACUACACUCCUAAUGAAGACUUUGCCGCGUGCGAAGGUCAUAAAUGGACUCUACAAACCCUUUUCCAAUACCUAAAGACUGAAAAAAACAUAGACACAGACGCGUUAUGGGAAUCUCUGAAGGACCUCGUGAUUAAGACUAUAAUAUCUGGAGAGGCGAGCAUCAGUUCGCUGACUAAAGCCAACAUCACUUCGCGGUACAACUGCUACGAAUUGUUCGGUAUUGAUGUCUUAUUGGACGAGGACUUAAAGCCUUGGUUACUGGAGGUGAACAUAUCUCCAAGUCUUCACAGCGCAUCGCCUCUAGAUAUCCACGUGAAGGGCCCGCUGGUGUCGACGGUGCUCAACAUCGCGCAGUUCCAGGUGCCGCUGCGCACCAACCUCGAGAUGCUGUCUAAGGAUAAGCCCAACAAACUGGGUGGAUUACCAUAUGACUGUAGGUUAUACACAAUAUAUUUAUCAAAAGAAGAAAGGGAUAAACAUAUAAUUUACACAAAUAUGGAAGAUAGAGAUUUGUACCUGCGCGACAUCCUGUCGACGCUGACGCCGGACGACGUGCGGCACCUGAUCCAGGCGGAGGACGAGCUGACGCAGACGGGACAGAUGGAGCGCGUGUUCCCGACGCAGCACACGCACCGCUACCUGCGCUUCCUGGCCGGCCCGCGCUACUACAACCGUCUGUUCGACGCCUGGGAGUGCCGCUACCACAACCACCGCGACCCGGGGCUGACUCUGCUGAGGAACCUGUGCGACAUCGGGUACCACCUGGAGGUGCCGCCGGUCCCGCUGAAGCCGGCCCGCUCGCUGAGCGCGUUGGAUACUUGCAGAAUGACGUGGACGCGCCCUCCCCGCCCGCCAGCGAGCGGCCCUCCGUGCCGUCCGUGUGCUCGCUGGAGCCGCAGGCCGAGAGCCCCGCGCCCCCGCCCGCGCCCCCGUCCGCGCCCCCGCUCGCGCCCCCGCCCGCGCCCCCGCGCCCGUGCGGCGACGCGCACAGGCUGGCGGGCGCGGCCGCGGCGCCCGAGCCCCGCGCGUAGCCGCCGUCCCGCGUCUGCGCCCGCCGCGGACCCGCCCUACACUCUCUGCUGAUCUUCUUCUCGGACGACAACAAUGAGAGUGCUCACUUCGAUCUUCGCCGGGUCACUUGCACCUGUCGAUUUUGACGUUAACGUCAGCUAAAGUUGACUGGUGCGACAACUCGUUUGCAUUAAGUUACGUUUAGGUAUUCGCUCUUUCUCGUUCGAUUAUACCAUACUUGUCUAUAUAGGUAAAUUAGAAAUUAACAUUCCUAAUUUCGUGACGAUAUGUUAUCAUAAGUCAAUCAAAGUCUGUGUGAUAGCAUAGGUAACGUUAACGCGCAAUAUAUGCUGUCUCACGUGAGACAACUCUUGUGUUGAGCGGGAAAGAGAAGAAAAUCUAAAAUUUUUGCUCAUGGAUACGAAGCUUUAAACGUUCAUCUUGAUAUUCGUUCCGCUGAAGUUAUCUAAAAGACCGCAUGUGAAAUUAAUAAAAAAUUGGUUUUCGUCAAACCUACACAAAAUCGUUUCACAUUACAACUUUGACAGAACUAAUAGUGAGAUAGGACGUAAUCGUAUGCGUACGGACAAAUGUCACGCGAAAAAUUCCUAGUGAUAUUGCGUACAACUCCGAGCCGUUGAGUAAAACGCGUCAACUUUAUUUGUGAAAAUAGCGUAAAAUGACGUCUUCUCGUCCGUCUGUAUACGUCCCACCUUCUUGUAAGUAUUCUAUUUCAUGAAGUUCUUUAAGUGCAUACAAAUAAUACUACCAUCGCAUCUAUUGCAUUAAAAUAAAGUUUAGACAUAAAUUAUCGCAAAUUUGUAAACAGCCAUCAACAAUUUCGACUCUGUUUAUAUAUAAAGAAGAAAGAUAUUUGGUAAUCGUGCUUACAAUUUUUUUAUCUUUGAUUAUUAUGCACUUAUUUUAAUGCUUGAAUGUGAUCUUCAUGAUAUGGAAUAUCUUUCCCAAGUCUGGAGUACGCUCUGCGUACUCAUCAUUGACCCAGGCUUGGAUCAAGUACAAUUGUUACAACAUUUAUUGUUAUGCAUUAGCGGUUUGUUUCGUCGUUCAUUAAUAAAUUAUCUGUGACUGAGUCUCAUUAAAAAAAAAAGAAAAUAUGUGUCGACUGCCGCUAUUGUGUAAGCCUCAAGAGCUUAUUUAAGAUAUAAAAUUGUAAUUUUAUUGUAAUAAAAAUUGUAAAUUGACUAGUUAGAGUGGUCGGUUAGCAGUGAUGGUCAGAGGCGCUCGCCAUCUUGACAUUCCUUAGGGCGUCGGCGUCUACGUACCACGUACCACGUAGUUGAACCGUUUUGGUCCACGUAGGAAAAUUAGGAAGUACUUCCUAUGACGUAAUUUUUAGUAUCAUAUCACAAAAUGAACAAUAAAAAAAGAGAACAAAUUUGAAGUUAAAAUAUCAUUCCGGAAGUACAAAAUUAUUCAACUAUAUUUUCACUCGGAAAGUAUUAAUUUUCGUUGACGGAAAAUUUAGGGAAACGAGUGGGAAUUCUACACCAGUAGUUGUAAAGAACUUAAUGCUCAGUUUACUUCCUAAAAUAAAGAAUAAAAUUAUAAUGUAAUAAAAAAAUGGAAAAAUUAUGAAAUUAUAUUAGGUACAGUUUGUAAUAUUAUUAAAUUGCCGUGGGUUUCUAUGUGAUUUUAAUAUUAUAAGGGACAUUAGAAUUUCCAUUAAGUUGUUGAAACCUUAGCUUGUUCAAAGUUAUUUAUUUUUUCAAAAUAUUGGAAUUAAAUAGUGAAUUCUCUCUUAUAGUGCUAAGCCGAAUCUUUACAAUGUCUAAAUGACACUAUUUUGUUAUUGUAUUAAAUGUAAUAACUUGCAGUUUCAUAGUAAUAGCUUUGCCCCAAAAUUUUGUACCCCCAAUGAUUUUAUUUUUCAAGAAUUUUCAGAUUUUAAAAUGUACGCAUAAUUGAGACAGAAUCUCGACUACUGACAAAACAACCUGAUUUAUAGAACCGUCAGAGUAGAACAGAAACAUAUUGACUUAUUAAAAUUAUUUAUUUCAUAUAAUAUUCUCUCUGUUUUGGACCUAGAAAUCGGGUUGUUUAUAUAGGUUGUCAACAUUGAGAGUAUUUAUCAUAAAUCACUCUUCAAAGUCGCUUGUAAAUAAAUUUUGAAUUUGUUUUAUAGCUUCGUAAGAUUCCAGAUACGUUUGACGGUAAACGGUAUUAAAAUUUACAAUGUGUUCAUUGUAUUCCUAGUGUUGCUAGCGUAGCGAUCGGCGGUAACCGAUCUGAGUAAUGUUAUCGAAUAAUGUUCAAAAGUGAUAGAAUCGAUGAAAUCAGUGUGUGUAUCGACGUCGGUGGUAUUAAGAUAAGAAAAUUUUGAAUUUUAUUAAUUUCGAUGACAAGAAUUAUGCCCUACUUUUCCCUGUUGAUUAUAUGAUGUGAAAAUGUACCUAAUAUUAAAAUAAAUUAUUUUUGGUCGUAAAUAAAUUUAUGAUUGAUGUUUCUCAGUGUAAUGAUUGGAUGUAAAGAUUUCCCUCGUAGGCUGUAGUUAUUUUUUAUAUUAUGUAUCUAACGUGAACUUGUUUAUAGAAUAUUUGAAUUUUGACAUUUUCUUUUAAUUUUCUAUUAUUCAGAAUACUGAUAUGACGUUGUUUUGUAUUCUGUUUAUUUUGUAAUAAUGCCAGUUGAAAAUUUCCGUCUGCCCGAAUGUAACCAAAGAGUCAAAAUGUCGCGCAUACAAGCUAUAGUCAAUGAUUUUUCCAGAAAUCUCCACUUGUAAGCAUUUAUUUUAGUGCUAUUGUACCUUCCAAUGCAAUGGCGGGAUAGUUCUGAUCUGAUCCUAAGAAAUUAUUAAAAAAUGAAAAAUCUAA